ACUCACCCGGACACCCUCCAGCACCUCCCUGCAGCAGGCACAGCUCCAGCAUGAACUGUGGCAUGCCUGAGCCUGCCCGCCACCUGCCCUGAGCCCCCGUGCCUGUGCUGCCUGUGGGGAGCCCCAUCCCUGGCCAUGGAGAAGACCUACUCAUUGACAGCCCACUACGAUGAGUUUCAGGAGGUGAAGUAUGUGAGCAAGUACCAGAGCGGCACCCUACCCAACGGCUUCGCCCUCCAGCUGGGCACCGGGGCCAAAAAACGCCGUGGGGGCCUGCCGCGCUGGAGCCGCCGGGAGGUCUGCCUUCUCUCGGGGCUGGUGUUCGCUGCGGGGCUCUGCGUCAUCUUGACGUGCAUGCUGGUCCUCAAGUACCUGGCGGCUGAAGGGGACAGCUACUGCCUGGAGGGGUGCCAGGAGAAGAAGGCCUUCCUGCGGGCAUCCCGCUUCCUCAGCUCCAACAUGGAUGCCACCAUCGACCCCUGCCAGGACUUCUACUCCUUCGCCUGUGGCGGCUGGCUCCGGCGACACGGCAUUCCCGAGGACAAGCUGGUGUACGGCACCAUCGGAGCCAUCGCCGAGCAGAACGAGGCCAAGCUGCGGGCGUUGCUGAGCCGCCCCGUGCGGCGCCGAGCCCCUGCCUCGGCCGAGAGGAAGGUCAAGGAGUUUUUCCGCUCGUGCCUGGACCGGGCUGAGAUUGACCGGCUGGGCCCGCGGCCCAUGCUGGAGGUCAUUGGGGAGUGUGGCGGCUGGGAUGCCCCCCCAGGCCGCGGGGACCUCAACGAGCUGCUCUACAAGACGCAGGGGGUCUACAGCGCUGCCGUGCUCUUCUCCCUCACCGUCAGCCUGGACGAGAGGAACACUUCCCGCUACGUCAUCCGGAUCGACCAGGAUGGGCUGACUCUGCCUGAACGGACCCUCUACCUGGGGCAGGAUGAGGAGAGCGAAAAGAUCCUGGCUGCAUACCGGGUGUUCAUGGAGCGGCUGCUCACCCUCCUGGGAGCCGAGCAUGUGGAGCAGAAGGCCCAGGAGAUCCUGCAGCUGGAGCAGCACCUUGCCAAUAUCACGGUGUCUGAGUACGAUGAUGUGCGGAGGGACAUCAGCAGCAUGUACCACAAAGUGACCCUAGGUGAGCUGCAGCGGAUCACCCCCACGCUCAAGUGGAAGCGCUUGCUGGACCGCAUCUUCCAUGACAACUUCUCGGAGGAGGAGGAGGUGGUGCUGCUGGCCACUGACUACAUGCACAAGGUGUCCGACCUCAUCCGCGUGACGCCCAGCAGGAUCCUGCACAACUACAUGCUGUGGCGCAUCGUGGUGGUGCUGAGUGAGCACCUCUCCACCCCCUUCCGCGAUGCCAUCCAUGAGCUCUCCAAGGAGAUGGAGGGCAAUGAGAAGCAGCUUGAGCCAGGCAAGAUCUGCCUGAGCCAGGCCAACAAGCACUUCGGCAUGGCCCUGGGUGCCCUCUUUGUCGAGGAGCACUUCUCAUCCACCAGCAAAGCCAAGGUGCAGCAGCUGGUGGAGGACAUAAAAUACAUCCUGGACCAGCGCCUGGAUGAGCUGGACUGGAUGGACGAGGAAACACGGAGAGCGGCCAGGGCCAAGCUCCGGUACAUGAUGGUGAUGAUCGGGUAUCCCGAUUUCCUGCUGAAGCCAGAGGCCAUUGACAAGGAGUAUGAGUUCGACGUGGACGAGAAGACCUACUUCAAGAACAUCCUCAACAGCAUCGCUUUCAGCAUCAGGCUCUCGGUGAAGAAGAUCCGACAGGAGGUGGACAAGUCCGCGUGGCUGCUGCCUCCCCAGGCGCUGAAUGCCUACUACCUGCCCAACAAGAACCAGAUGGUGUUCCCCGCUGGCAUCCUGCAGCCCACCCUCUACGACCCCGAGUUCCCGCAAUCGCUGAACUAUGGCGGGAUCGGCACCAUCAUCGGGCACGAGCUGACCCACGGCUACGAUGACUGGGGGGGACAGUACGACCGGCACGGGAACCUGGUGCACUGGUGGACGGAACGGUCGUACAGCAAGUUCCUGAAGAAGGCACAGUGUAUCGUCAACCUGUACGACAACUUCACCGUCUACAAUCAGCGGGUGAAUGGCAAACAUACGCUGGGGGAGAACAUCGCUGACAUGGGGGGGCUCAAACUCGCCUACUAUGCCUACCAGAAGUGGGUGCGAGAGCACGGCCCCGAGCAUCCCCUGCACCACCUGAAAUACACACAUGACCAGCUCUUCUUCAUCGCCUUUGCCCAGAACUGGUGCAUCAAGCGGCGAUCCCAGUCCAUCUACCUGCAGGUGCUGACGGACAAGCAUGCGCCGGAGCACUACAGGGUCCUGGGCAGUGUCUCGCAGUUCGAGGAGUUCGGACGGGUUUUCCACUGCCCCAAGAACUCGCCCAUGAACCCGGUGCACAAGUGCUCGGUGUGGUGAGGCCGAUCCCCCCGGCAGGCUGGCAACCCCUGGUCCCCAUCCCUGCCUGUGUGCCACCCUGUGCCGGCUCCUCACCUCUGCCCAUCUCCCCGCUCCUACUCUCCAGGCAAAGGGGGCACCCCUGGGUGACACAGGGGGUCACCCCCCCAAAGACAGGCAUCUGCCCGAGGGGUGGAGGCAGUGGGGAGGCACUUGGGGUGGGCAUGAGCUCCUGCCCAGACACAGCUGCCUCCUGCCCAUUCCCUCCUACCCCCUACCCUGCAAACUGGGGGGGGCUGAGUACUCAUGGAGGAACUAGGCAAUGCAGGGCACCCCUUAAGCACCCGUGUACCCCCUCUUCUGUCCACCUACCCCAAAUCCUUCACCCAGCCCUAUCACAUCCAGUCCAGUGCCGGUCAAGGCAGGGGGGGUGAACCGGAGACACUGUGGAGUUGACCCAUGCCAAAAGCCUCCCCCUGCCCGGUGCCCUCCCUGCCAUCCCCCAUACCAGCCCCAUCCUGUCCCUGCAUCAGCCCUGCCAGGGGGUGGGCACAGCCAGCAGAUCUUGGGGCCUGGUGAUGCCAGCCUGCCCCGGGAGAGUGGGGACACAGAUGCCUGCUGUAUUUUUUGCUGCUGU